GAUGAUUGCUAUAAUCGAUACUAUUGCUGGUACUAUCGCUGGCUUUGUAGCUAUAUUGGGUGUUUAUUGUACAAACAAGGCGUAAAAAAUGUUUUGAGAAACAGGCACAGAGACGGCCAUGCAAUUUAUUUUCGAUCAGGUGCUCGCGUCCGGUUAAUCUCGUUCGAUACCACACAGAGUGCUAAAUUCGUUGUACACACAUUUAUUCCACAUAAAAAACUCUGGAAGGAUAUAAAUUAGAGGAAAGCAGACACAUAGUUGAGUAGUGAACCCAACACACGCACACGCGAACGCACACGAACACAAACACUACCACGAACACUAACAGAAGCACGCACACACACGCGCUUCAGGAGCGAGACGAACGUAGAAAGGAUAAAAGAACAGGAAAGAGGAAGUGGGCGUGACAUACGCCAGAGGCUGGUCGUCAGCUCCUUCCUCCCUCCCACCCACCAACCCACUACUGCUGCUCCUGGAUAUAACGAGAGGUCAGAGGAAGAGGGCGAGACAUAGGACAGAGUAGAGGCAGAGAGGACUCCCUGUACCUUUGCCUCUUUUGGACCCAAGGCUGCAUCCAGCGACGACUGACUGCUGCUGGGCCAUGUCCAAAGUGCUCAGCCCACAGAAGCGGCAAACAGCAGUCCGUUGCGUCGGCAUGGCCAUGGGCAUGAGCGUGGGCACAGCGGUGGCGGCCGGAGGCCUGGACGAGGACCUGGAAUUCAAUAGCAGCAGCUCGAUCAUCGAUUUCCUGGCCAAAGAGCAGGACUGCGGUGUUGACGCCGACCCGGAGAGCAUCUUUCAGGAAGUGAGCCGUCUCUCCGACAACACCGACACCCGCUCUGUGGACGAGCUCCUGCAGGAGGCGGAGCGCCUCAUCCAGCAGCAACUGCGCCUGGGCGGCCUCUCCACGGAUACGGUUCGAACCAGGCUGAAUGCUCACGUGAGUGGCGCUGCCGACGAUGGCGGAGGUGGCGACAGCGAGUGCAAUGGCGAUGCGGGCCAGGGGAAGGACAGGGCAAAGUCCCAGAACCAAACCCCAAGCCAUACACCCUCGUCCUCGCCACAGUCUUCACCGCACAGCAGCAUCCGGCUGAACACUCGCUUCACGCACCGCAUUGAGCAUUCUCCUCCCAAGCCGGGCGGACCUGUUAGGGCUCUGCCUGUAAGCAGCCAUUCCAGGCCCAAAUCAAAGUCAUCAGCAUCCUCAACGCCGGCCCAGACACCCCACGAGCUGAACGGCACCUUGGACAGCCAGUCCGGACGCGAAGAAUUUGCCGCCUUCGUUGACAAUCUGCCUUCGGAGUCGGUCAUCUCGGAAGAGUCCACGCCCAAGGACAUGCACAACACCACUGCGGCGCUCGCUCAGCUUCAGUCACAGCUGGACAACACCGACGAUGAUGAGGACACGAUGGAGGAGAUGACCGAGGCUGGGGAGGAUGCGGCGCCCCGGCGCAACUCCACGCCCUCUUGGGCGGCGGCGGCGGUGCCGGCGAGGAUCACUACCAGCCAGAGCCACACCCACAUAUAUAGCCAGCCCAUCCGGCCCAUGGCCAGCUACAGCGAGAAGGCGGUGGGCAGCUCGCCCAAGCACCUGGUGAGCACCUUGACCUCGCCCAUUGAGCAGAUCGCCUGCAGUGUGUCGCGGGAGCAUGCCCUCAAGCACGAGAUCGAGCAGCUGCAGGAGCAGCUGAAGGACACCGAGGAGCGCCUGGCCUCGGUGCGCCUUCAGAGCGACUCGCUGUCGCAGACGCAGCGAGCGCUGCGGGACCACAAUGGGCGCCUGCAGGAGGAGUCCGAGAUGCUCAAGCUGGACGUGCAGCACCUGAACGAGUGCGCUGGGGUGCUCAGGUCGGAGCUGCAGGCGGCGCGCCGGGACCGGAGCGAGGCACUGCAGCUGCAGCGUUCGCUGCGGGCGGAGCUGGAGGAGGCGCAGCAGGAGCGUCGGCGAGCAGGCGAAAGCAAGGAGAAGGACGCCCGCAUCAUACAGGAUCUGCAGCGACAGUGCCGCGAGAUGGAGCGCAUCCUCAUGCGCAAGCACCCGGACUCCGUUUCAGCCCUGAUAGUGGCCUCCAAGAGUUCGGGACUCUGCUCGCUCAAUGACCAGGAAAAUGUGAACAGCCGCAAGCUGCUGGAGCAGCGCAUCGCCCAGCUGGAGUCGGAUGCCAAGGAGCAAGACCGCAAGGCCCAGCAGAUCCUGGCCAACGUCCAGGCCCGCUUCAAUUCGGUCCAGUCCAAGUACGAGACGCACAUUGCCGACCUGGAGACGCAGGUCCUGAGCCUGCAGGAGAUCAACACGAAGCUGAACGAGCAGAUCGAGUCGCAGGUGCGCACCUUGGACCGGUAUAUGCAAAAACGAGCGGACAGGUUCUACAACAACUGCACUCAGACGGAGGCAGAGGCCGAUGGCCCCACCACUGCCGCCACUGCUGUCACCACGGCCACAGGGACCCAGACCCAGACCUCGAACGGGACCCGCGACCACAGCACCAACACCAUUGGCUGCCCAUCGCCGGCGCUCCUGUGCCAGCAGCAGCACCACCUACACAUGCAGCAGCAGCAGCACUCGGCCAGCAGCAGCACCAGCAGCACGGCCAACUCCACGCCAAAUACAUCGCGGCCCAACUCCAAACAGAGCGGCGCCAGCUCCACCACCCAGCGGCGGCCUAUUGCUGCUAGCCAGCAGAUGCCCGUGUCCAAGCUCCCGAUCUCGCAGUCCGACUCCACGCUGUCCGUGCUCAGUCACAGCCACAGCCAUGGCAUGGGACCGGGGCUGGCCAGCAAGGAAGAGUCGCAGCUUCUCAGCUCCGUGCGUGGCAUGCGGGUCGACCUGGCCAUCAAGAACAAGGCCAUGCAGCGGCUCACUCGGGAGCUAGAUGACUGCAAGAAGACCAUACGGAAGCUGCAGCGGGACCGGGAGACCAGCAAUCCAGGCACCAAGUUGGAUCUGAAGUCCCAGGCCAGUGGCAGCAACAGUGGUGCCUCAGGACAGCGGCGUUCCAGUGGCUACGAUCACUAUCCCGAUCACAUUCCGGCCGCCCCUGAAAGUCAGGCCCUAAAGGAGGCCCAAAACAAGUACCGUCUGCUGGAGGCUGAUUACAAGACGCUCCACGAUAAGCGACUCCAAGAUUUGAAGACCCUCCAGAGUGCUCAUGAGAGGGAGCUGGCCACCUGCAAUGAGACCGUGCGAAUCCUCAAGCAGCGCCUGAACGAGCGGGAGGAGGCCUUUGCCACCCAGAAACGGCGGAAGGUGCCCGUCGACUACUAUGCGCUCAAGGCCAAGGUAUACCCAACAGACACCAUCUUAGCCCGAACCCAGAAUCAGAACCAGAAACAGACCCAAAUCCAAGACCAAACCCAGAAAGAUAAUCAAGACAAACAGUCAAACAAAAUUUCGUUAGAUUCAAGACCACAUCGAGGUGUCGCUGCUGGAGCGCCGGCACUCGGAGCGGGAGGACCGACUGCACAUGCUGGUGGAGGCGCUCAGCAAGGGACGGCUCAACGGGGCGCUCGAGGAUCUAAUGCAGGAUAACAAUAACAAAUAGAUAUUAGAUGUAGCCUCUCGUUUUGGGAAUCAAUGUGAAACUAAAUAUUUAAUAGUCUCGAGCCAAUCUAUAUGAGAUAGGUUGAAGGA